AUUUUAUUUGAUCAAAAGUUGAAGACUUUAUCAUGAAACAAAUCACUAAAUCAAUUGGAACCUUUUUUUUCUAUAUGGCUAAAGCCUUUCCCACAAUCUAACCAUAAUUUCACAAACUCUCAUAGAGUCAUAGCUAUGCCAAUGAACAAUGGCCAAAGCCAACAAUCCACCAGGUGGUAUAAGCAAUGCUUUAUGCCCACAAGUGGUGAUAGUUCAGAUGAUUCUGAUACCGAAUCUGUAGUCAUAGCUCCAUGUACUUCAACUCAUACUAGUAUAUGGCAAGAACCUUCUCCACCACAUUCACCACCUCAUCCAGAACCUGAUAUCGACUGGCUUCCUCUUCCACCGCCGCCACCUCCUGAUAUCGACCGGCUUCCUCUUCCACCGCCGCCACCUCCGCCUUUUUUACCAUUAACGCCGCUACAACGGUCUUCACAAAUGCCAUCACUAUGGCAACCAUUAUCACCAUCACCAAAUCCAGUACCUCAACUCAACUGGAACUGGCGUACUCCACCGCCGCCGCCUCCUCCUCCUGUGUUACUAACAACACUUGCUUUACAACCACCACCACCACGGAAUAAUGGUUCCCCUUCUGUGAUCGAGGAAGUUCGACCCGGUGUAAAUCAAACCGAGUUCCUUCGAAUUCCGGACAGUGUCAUCAAUGCAAUUCAAAUGGUAACAAUCUCGGAGUUGCAUGAAAGUGAUGAACUCUCACAAUGUCCUAUCUGCAUGGAGGACUUCAAACUGGGCGAUCAAGCAUGUCAAUUACCCUGCAACCAUAGGUACAAGUUUGAAUGUAUUCUUCGAUGGCUUAACAACAACACGACAUGUCCGGUUUGCAGACUUCAGUUAGAGGGUUUUGUUGGAGAAGGUAGUUGUUAUAACAUAAAUGAUGAUGGUGAUGGUGAUGGUGAUCAUGAUGAUGAUAGUUUAGACCUUGAACCUCAAAUUCCACCACCAGAAGUAAAUAUUAGUUUGGAAGACCUUUUUCAGUUUUCUCCACGUUCGCAUGUUACAGAGAAUGGUGCAGAUCACAACUCUGAUGAAGGUGACUAUGACAGUGCAUGUGAUGAUUUAGGUGAUGCUCAUGAAGAUGGAGAAAGAUUUGGUAAUAAUUCAAGUAGUCGUAAUUCACAAAUUUAGCAAUUUGAGUUGAAAAUUGAUGCCUGUAAUGAACCUAUGGAAUUAUGACAUGAUAUAUAACUGAAUUGUAUUUUACAAUUUGGGUUGAUUGUUGAUUUGCAUGCUGAGUAUCUAUAAACUAUGUUAAAUGGAAGGAUCGGAUAAAGUUUUACAUAUGAUGU